CAUAAACCCAUUCCCUUAACCAGAAAAAAUAAUAAAUAUAAAUACUCUCUGUAUAUCUUGUUUUGCUUAGGGUUUUAGACACACACAAGCUCAAGAAAACGCAGGUUACUAGUUACAACCAUGGCUUUCUUUGGUAAACUUGGGAACAUUCUAAGACAAACUGCUAACAGGAACAUUGUUUCCGAAUUGCGUUCGUCCCCAUCUGCUUUCCAGGCUAUAAGAUGCAUGUGUUCUGCUCCAUCUACAAAGCUGUUUGUUGGGGGUAUUUCGUUUUCAACCGAUGAACAAGGUUUGAGGGAUGCUUUUUCGAAAUAUGGUCAAGUUCUUGAUGCAAGGAUCAUUAAUGAUCGUGAAACUGGUAGAUCGAGAGGAUUUGGCUUUAUCACAUACAGUUCAGUUGAGGAGGCAUCUAGUGCCAUUCAGGCCUUGGAUAGUCAGGAGCUUCAUGGUCGUCGGGUCAGAGUAAAUUAUGCUAAUGAAAGGCCCCCCCGUGCAUAUGGCGGCGGCGGUGGUUCUUAUGGCAAUGCAUCAUAUGGUGGUGGAGGUGGGUAUGGAGGCCCUCAAUAUGGUGGUGGCUAUGGUGGAAAUGUAGAUGGAGGUUAUCGGGAUGGUGGAUAUGGCAGAGACAACUAUGGGCCAGGUGGUAAUUAUGGAGGUAAUGAUGCUGCCAAUACCUAUUCUGCUCCUAACAGUUUUGAAACUAACAAUACUGGUGGGGGGUUGGAAUAUGGCAGCAGUGGCCAAUUUGAUAUCAACAAUGUAAAAGAGGAUUUAGGAGGUGUUGGGGACUCGAUCGAAGGAAAUUAUAGGGAUGACGGUGAUGACAAUGAUGAUUUUGCCAAAAGGGCCUGAUGGAAGUUUAGUUUGUAGUUUUGCUACUGUCCCUGUACUUCAGCUGAAUGCCGAUUUCAGGCAUGAUAUUUUGACAAGCAAAACAUGGCGAAGAAUUUAAUCAUCUUUAUCAUCAGUUUUCCCUUAUCUCCUUAAGAGCGAGUCAUCUCAUUUUUAUUGCUUAUUUUGAAGUGAUUUAUCAUUUGACUAAAUUCAGAUACUUUAAACAGCAUGUAUAAAUCAAUGAAUUGUUGCAACAAUGAUCUUACUGUGUGGAAGUUUUACAUGAGUCCUUUAUUUUUAAGUGAUAAUUACUAGUUUCUGCACGAAA